AGAGGAAGCAGUAGACUAGAAGGACCUGGCAGAGACAGAGAGACAAGAAGCUUUCACAGGUUUUCACACACAUCUCAAGAUAGCACUGUGGGAAACACUGACCUGACAGAAUGUUCUUAAUCCUGGUUGUCUCAAUGUUCUUGGCUGGCUGCUUGGCUUUGCCCAUCAAAGACCCGUACUCGUAUUCCUCUGCGGUGGGUCAGGGACUUGGCACUCCAUUUGCUUCCUACGGUGAGGGACGCAUCACGGGAGUCAGAGUGUGGGAGACCAACAACUACUACUACUACUACUACUACUACUACAACUACAACAGCAACAACUACAUCAGCGGGUUCCAGCUGAGAUACGGCAACACCUGGUCUCCUGUGUUCGGUAACGAAGGGAGUGUAAAGCAGGUGAUGGAGCUGUUUAAUGAUGAGGCCAUCGUUGAGGUGUCUGGGAAGUACAACCCAGCAGACUACAUCUGCUACCUGGUGUUAACCACCAACAUGGGGCGCACUCUGUCAGCCGGCCUGCCCAACCAAAUCUCCUUCAACUUCUACCCAGCCAACAUGGGCAAUGAGCUGAGGAUCCUCAGCGGUCGCUUCAACGGUGCUGGAAUCACCUCCAUCGGAGCCCACUGGGGAUUGGUGGACAUGGAAGGGGCUGGAAACAGUACUCUGGAAACAGCACUGGAAACAGUAACUCCUAUUUAUUAGGGGGAAAAAUGCUUUUUAGUCCAGGAGUAAACGUAAUCUGGGUCCAGGAAACUGACCUUAUAUGUUGGACGGAUGUUUGACAGACGCUGACAGAACUGUUUUUAUUUCACUAUAUGUUUUUUAUUUCACUUUUAUUUCACUGAAUGAAUUUGAAUGUUUUGAGUACUUUGGAAGUACUUUUGAGGUGAUUCCUCACUUGAAGCAGUACAAAAAUAUUUCUUAACAUUCAAAUUCAUUCAGUGAAUUGGGUCACAGACCACAUGCGUUGUUUUCACAUUUUAUCACAAUAAAGGAAAGAAUCAUAUUGGAUUUAAAGAAUUAAUUAUAUCUUUGAUUAAUGGAACAAUCUAAUAUUAUGAGGAGAUAAUAGCGUUUCAGGGUGUUUCACCUUCACUAUUUUAUACACGCUGCAUUUGUUAUUUGUUGUUCCUUUUCUGCUACAUCUGCUUCUGGACAUUUGAAUAAAAAGCAUAUCUUUAAA